AUGUCAGCUGUCCAGUCGUCUGUCUCGCACGGCCAACAUGUCCUCAACAGCCGUGUGCAGCGGUCAAUGGAGGGGUGGUCGAUCAUCGAGAAGAUCACAGACUUCACACACGCCGUCUGCCGCGUGAAGGACGGCAGGGGCUCUGCGAUUCUGAUCGCCCUGCCGAAUCAGCAGCAUGGUGGGCAAUGCAGUGCAAUGGACACGGGCCGAGCUGGACAAGCCCACCACCACCACCACCACCAACAGCAGCAGCAGACGAGGGGUGACGAGAACAUUGGUGUGCUGCUAACCACAUCCUUCGUGUUCCAGAAUCGCGAGGAGGCACGAGGGGCGACGGUAAUGUUCCUCGAGCAACCAGUCGCAGGAACGAACGCGCGGCAGGGGCGGCGUGUGGAGCCGCUCGAGGUGGCGGUGCAAGUGGACAAGGUCUUCGUCUGCUCCACCUCCUGCCCCCCGUCACGGCGGCCCACGCAUGCAGGCCUCUCGUCGGCGUCGUCUCGCGCAAGUCAGUGGGCUGUUGCCGACGACGAUGACGACGACGACACUAACGGUGCGUCAGAGGACGAGUUGGGCUACACCAUGACGAUGUGUGACAUGACGCCGCUCGUCGACGGCGCUUCUCCUUGGUCGCCUGCCACCGCGCGUGGGCAAGACCUCUCAGCACCGGGGGACGCCGGCGGCUUUUCGUUUCUCCCGCCGCUGCGGCACAACUCCACCUCUCCGUUGUCGGUGGAGCGGAUAGAUUCGCCGAGUUCGACAUUCGAGUCUGGGCUCUGUGGCAGUAGUGUUGGCUGUACCGGAAUGCGGACAUCAACAACCCAGCAGAGGGGGCUCCCGAUUAGGCCCCUUCCACUGCCACUCCUGCUCUCGCGUAUCCCCCCAGUUUGUGUGGGGGAUCGCCACCUUAUGAUCACACACACCAACGGCAUGGAACGGCACUAUGUGGUGCAAGCAGUGAAGUAUGUAGGGAAGGAUUCAUGCGAGUACGACUUCUUUGAUCCCGCCUGUGAGUUCAGUAGCGGUGGCCCGAUCUUUAACAUGCACGGGGACUUUGUGGGCUUACAGCACCAGAGUGGUGAUCACAGUUAUGGCAUCUUUAUUUCCUCCAUUGUGCGGCAUCUGUUCCAAUCGACGUUUCUAGGGCUUUGUCGUCUGCCGAUCGUUGACGUUAGCAGUCAAACAGAGGAAAUGUUUGACAUGCGGGCAGUGGUACCAGAUGAGGUGUUCAACCAGCCAUUCCACAUCAAUCAACGAUACUGCGUGCUAAAUGUUGGCGCGGGCGAUCAGCUGAUUGAGUAUGAAGACUUUAAGAGGCUGCGUCUGCGUAAUGAUAUUCAAGGCUCCACGCAGCCGCCAUCUCUUGUGGCACCAGAUGGCGCCUCCGUCUGGCAAGAGUUCUACGCUGACUUUGGUAGUCUCGUUCACAUUCUACACGCCUUUUCGCACGCUCCGAAGUUGGCAAAACUUGCGCUAGUGGAAAUGACAAGCCAUGAGCACCGACAUCACCUACCGAACGUUGCAUCGCUUGGUGGAAUUGGCGCUGUACUGGAGAUCAUUGACGGCUAUCCGCAGUAUGAGGAGCUUGUGCUGGCCGCCCUCACAGUACUCGCUCGAACCUCACUCUACAAGCCGAACCGUGAGGCGAUGUGGCGCUGUGAUGGCGUUCUGACAGUGCUUGAGAUAAUGAAUGAGUACUCCCACCAUCCGUCUAUUCAGCAGUGGGGAUUUUGCUGCUUGUACAAUGUGAUGGCCGCCGACUCACCCGUACGAACGGAAGCUGUUGCUCUAUUUGCACGCAGUCAAGGCAUUGCGUUGGCGAUUGAAGCUCUCCGCGUACACCAGGGCGAACGCCACGUUCUACGUCACACCGGCUUCGCACUUAGUUGCGUGGCAGACGAGGAUAUACGCUAUGCGCAUACCAUGGUGAAUGGUGGCAUCGCAAAGAUUAUUAUUGAUUGCAUGAAAGGCAGUAGCGAUGACCCCUUUGUUUUUUUGGGGUUGGCAACACUGUUACACAAGUUGUUGCGGCACAGUCUCAAUGAUAGGGAGCUUCUUACGCUAGACAGCACUGUGUCGUCUCUACCAUGGCAGUGUGGCGAGGCCGUUGAAAGGACAAAGACUUAUUCCAAGCGGGAUGCUGAACACGCUUCCGCCUGCAAGGAUCCUGUGGGCUGUGCUCUGCUCGAUACAUUGGUGGAGGGAAAGGUACUAACGAUCCUCGGAACUGUCAUGGCCUGCGAAUCGCAGGACACGUACUCAAGUGCGGCAGUGGCAUUGCUCUAUGAGUGCAUUGGGUCUGUUGUCGUGAUGCUAAUGUUUCGCUUAUUGGAACUAGAGGAGGAACUUGCCGGUAGUUCUCUUACAGAGACGUGCCGGCGGAUCAUACAGAAUUUCCCCACUGAGAAGGUGCUGCUGCAGCAGGCGAAGAGAAUAGUGUGCCUGCUUCCAUCCUCCACCUGA